CAUUUGAGAACUUUCUAGAGUUGGUUCAAGCGAUGAAUAAGUAAUUUGAAUUUAAUUAUUUAUAGUACGUAUGUUUCUCACUAGUACCCCGUGCUAGGAAAGAGACGGAGCGCGGUAGUGAUGGAGGCAGCCAGCAGAUGGCAGGCUGGUCUGUUUUUCUUCCUGACAGUGAAAUCAGUUUCGGGGUUACAAUGCCAAGUGAAACUACAGAUGUGAAUCUUAAUUUGUGUUUACUCUAGUUAGAUGUGAGGCACCAAGAUGAGCCUGAUUAUGGACAAUAGGCUUGAGAUGAUGGACACAGAGGCCGAGGUAAAAAAGUUACAAGCGCUAGUCAAACAGUUAGAGUUGCAGAAUGAGGAAUUGCGGUCAGAGCGGCAGCAGUUGAAGAAGGAAGGUGGUGGUGGGGGCGACUCUCCCGUGGGCGGCGGCAAGGACGACCCCUCGGCCCCAGGCACGCCCAAACGACACCACGACAGUAACCUGGAGAACAUGGACCCCAUAGGUCUAGAAGAUAACAGCCUGUCUGAUGAAGAGACAUGGUUGUUUGAAUCUCCCAAGGCCAAGCCUCAUAAUUCUGAUUGGUUACGAAAAGAUGUAGAUGACCCAGCUUUAUUACUCUCCAGGAAAUCUUUAAUUCACAAAUUAGAUCAAAUUGCAAUGUCUCCGCACCAUUCUCCUCGACAUUCCUUCAGCCCUUGCUCAUCAUCCGGGGUCCUGUCUCCGGAGUCUCCGCCUUCCUCCCGAGAUGGUAGUUCCCGAGAGUACCUGGCACGGUCGAGUGGGUCACUGGGGUCAGAGGAGGACGACCGCUUGAGUUCGGCUUCAGAAGGGAGCUUUUCGUAUCAUUUAGCAGAUGUGGCAGACGUCAAUGCUCUGGCUCGACUGCAGGAAGAGAGUUUAAAGCUUCCUGACCCAAGAAGAGGUUCAAGAUUACCAGGUAUACGCACAGGGACUACUGGCAUCCCAUAUUCUUCUACGGGCUCUGGGGGUUCAGCGACGAGUUCUCAGGAGGAUCUCAUAGCCCCACCCAAUCUCAUGGCCAGUCCCCGUCGCCCUGCCCGAGGUCUCCAGCCCCCAACGCGUUACUCUGCACACACAACCCCAUCACGAGAGGGUUCUGAUCUCUCUACACCACCAGAUAGUCCUUAUAAUUCACAGCACAAUCUUGAAAUUUGUAAUGGUAGGAGUGGAUUACGUCAACCAAGCGGGCUGCAACGGGGGUUAGGCGGCAGUGAUCCUCGGUUACUGGACCACCACACCCCUAGUAGUAGUCGUGGAGCAUCUCCAUCCCGAUCUCAUGGCUCACCCACCGCUUCUCAGACAGAUUUACGUCAUGGACCCAGAACCUCUAGAUUACAAGCUCCUCAAAUGAGGAGUCGGUUAAGUGCGCCAUCACCUGUGCGUGUACCAUUAGGGGGAGCUUCAGGACUCCCACAACCAACAGAAAUCCCAAGACCUAAAAUGACAGGGAUCCCUCGGCCAGGGUCACGUCUUCAACCCCCCAAAACAAGGUCAGGCAUAGCUCAGCCCAGGUUCCAGGCACCAGCCCAGGAUGACUGGAGGGAUGGUUGCUUUUGAACCAGCCUGGACAGUAGCCACACACCCAGGUUAUGUGAUUUGUCUCGGGGACUCUCGGGAUCGGCCACUGGACUCAUACAGGCUGUCAUUGUUAUAAGCUAAAGAUGCCAAGAUUCUAAUCCAAACACAAAAUUUUUUGUUACCUUGUAGGUGAUAUUCCAUCGAGUAUACUUGUAAUGCAAUUGUUAAUUAAAUUUAACACUUUAUGUUUUUACUCAUAUAGUGAAUUAUAUUCUACAAGAGUUCUGACAUUUCCAGAUGGAGGUCAGGUGCCCUCUAGUAUAUGAAAUCAUGGUUAUAUUAAGCUGUUGAUUUGGUGCUGUGGCUGAGAGCCACAAUGGACAUUGGUGCAUAGGUCACAUUCGUAAGUACUUUUAUCUGUAAUAUUAUCUCAAGUAGAAUUAUAGUACUUACCCAUGACCUGGUGAUUGCAUAGAGCUAGUGAGAACUUUAUACCAUAACUGGUAUUGCAAUAUUUGUAUAAUCGACAGACAUACUACAAGAAAAAUGUAUAAUGAGAAGUACCAAGUAGUCAGAGCCAUAGAUGGCGAUUCCUACAUAUGACAGACCAGUGCUCAUAAUAUCCCAAGGGAGUAGAAAUUAGGCUGCAAUGUGGCAACAUUGUGAUACCCCAGUGGUCUUUGACCGCACAUUCCAACUCUUCCUGGCCUUUUGGCUGGACCCUUUUAGCUGCUGACAAUAGUGAGGCCUUCCUUCACCUGCAUCGGACUGUCUGAUAGUCCUUGUAAGAUGACAGGUAUGAUGCAAAACAUUCACUUUAUUACGUCUUUGAUUACACAGGUGUAGGGGCUUUAAAUAACUUUGCUUCUUAUAAAGCUUUAAGCAAUAAGUAUUUCUAAUCUAUGCUAUGUUUUGGAUGAUAAUAAUUUCUGAAAUAAUUCAUAAAUUGUAAGUUUCAUCAGGAAGAUUAAAAUUAUCCUUUGGACUUCCAACCAAUUAUGAUACAACACUUGGACAAUAGUUGAAGCAAAGAGCCAUUCGUAUCCUCGCUGACACCUACAUGACCAAUGAGCUUUAGUGCAACUUAAUUGUAGUACCUGCUAAUUUAUACCAUAAUGACCAAUAGGCUUUUAGGGAGAGUAAGAAAACCACAAGGUAUAGCUGUAAGCUUUGGAGAUGAUUUGCAAGCUGUAAUUUAGCUUGCUAUUACCCUCUUAAUUUAUCAUUUAUGGUAAGUUAGUUGGCAAAAUGUUAAACUGUGACCAAGUGUUGGGUCAGCAUUGUGGAUGUAACGGCAGGAAGAGGGCGACCAUUGCAGCACCAAGGGCGUACUUCAAACAAUUUUUUGUGGGGAGCCUCUGUUAUACCUUAUCUUUCAUUAAUAUUAAGAUAGUUGAGAUUCUCAGGUUUUCAGUGAGUUGUUUUUCAGCUAUAAGGGGAAUCUUUUAAGCAACUUUGUUAUUGGUACUUGAUAAGUAUUGAUUUGGCUACUGAAUCAUUCACACCUGCGACAGUGUAUCUGAGUUAAGAAUUCCACACAAUCUGAUGCUUGGAGACAUGUUCUUCACAGUGUGAUCCUGGGAGACAUGUUCUGCACAGUGUGAUCCUGGGAGACAUGUUCUUCACAGUGUGAUCCUGGGAGACAUGUUCUGCACAGUGUGAUGCUGGGAGACAUGUUCUGCACAGUGUGAUGCUGGGAGACAUGUUCUGCACAGUGUGAUCCUGGGAGACAUGUUCUGCACAGUGUGAUGCUGGGAGACAUGUUCUGCACAGUGUGAUGCUGGGAGACAUGUUCUGCACAGUGUGAUCCUGGGAGACAUGUUCCAUAAACCUUUCCAAAAUGUAAUGAUAUAACUCAUACUAAUUAUUGUUGUUGUUGAAUUAUUUUAUUAUUUAAGAACUGAGAUGAGUUUAAAAAUAUUUGGCCCAAAACAGUUGGCCAUGUCAAACCUCUCUCCACUGGUGAAAGGAUUUGAGUUGAGUUAAUUGUUGGAAACACACCUUGAUCUUACCUUCAAAGAGUGUAUUCACUAUGAAAAGGAUUUCAUUACUCUUGUCAUUGGCUUUGCAUUAGGUUCUUCAAUAAAUGACUUCAUUGAUAUAGAUAAGCUUCAGGAACUGAAAAUUCAAUAAUUCGUCCUUUAUCCCUCCCAAAAUAAAAUAAAUUUCAAGUGCUCUUCUGCACUAACAUAGCAUCCAUAUGGGUUACCUGUUUGUUUUAUAGCACUGUUGCAGAUAGUGAUUUCCCUGUGACAUCCCCUUUUAAAAUUUCCACUCAGUUGCUGUUGGCAGAGCUUUAGUACUUCAUUAAAAGUUUUUAGUGUCAGUUUCCUCUCUCUCUCUUCCUUAUUCUUUUUCUUUGCAAAGUGACAGCCUUUUGAAUAAUUGAGUUCAUUCAAUUGCUGGUGGAGGAGUCUGGGAAAUCCAUUUCGUAUUUGAGCUUCAUACGAGUAUUCAUUCGGCUGUUUUAAUUGGUCAUUUUCUUAUCUCUGCACAGUCACUUCCUUUUUGACAGUCUGUGGUGGUGAAGGCUAGUACUUCACUUUCUGUAGUGAGUGUUAGUUUCCUUCUGCUUUUUUAAUUGUCAUCACUUUCCCUGUGCAUAGUCGCUACCUUUCUAACGUCCAUGGUGGCGGAAGCUCAGUAUUUUCGGUUAAGAGUGUGUUUCUCCCUCCUUAUGCAGGUUAGUCCAUGUAGAAUCUGCUCCAUAAAAUAUGGUGCCUUUAUUACCUUCAACCUAGAGUGUUCUGGUCUCACACAUCUAACUUGUUUCGUUUUCAUUCAUGUACUGUACUGAACAUCAUUGAGUUUAGCUUAUAUUGUGUUUCUAAUUAUUUGUCCCUAUUGCCUGGCAAAGACUUGAAGGGAUAAUAUGUUUUGAACAGUAAAGAAAUUGAAUUAUAAAAUUCAUAUAUUUAUGGACCAUAAAAGUUGUAUAUUUAAAUGAUAAUUUAUUUUUGCUUAUUAUUUAGUCAGUUUUGACUAACUUGUCAUUUAGAUUUUAUUCAAAGUUAUUUUUUUUUUUUUUUAUUGAUAAACUAAAAUUUUGGCUAAUUUUAAUGAUUAUAAAGAUUUUUAAAAUGAUCAUGUGAAAGUCUUACCUAUUCCAGUAAGCUUUGUAUCCAUCGUGUGAAUGAUUAGCCACGUCCUAAACAAACUGCCUUAAAUUCAAAUCGAGCUCUACUUAUGGUGAUAUAUGCAUCAUGUAUAGACAUUUUUAUAAGGCUGACAAUGAUUAGUAAAAACAAAUGUAUGACAGUUACAUUAGGUAAUAUACAGUAGACUUCUUAUCAGCUCGUGUAAACCUAACAUGAUCUUCACUAUGGUGAUGUAGUGGCAUCUGCAGACACCGGGAUGGAGUAAUAUAGCGGUGGGGAUGGAUAUGAAUAUGUUAAAGGAGGUUAGUGAGGAAGGAAGAUGGGGGUAACUUAGAGAUGGGGUAAAGAAACAGAGUGGCCAAGGGACAAAGUGGUCACUGGUCAAAAUGGUUGAGGGUGAGCAAAGGCUGUGGGACAGAGUGGCCAAGAGACAGAGUGUGACUGAGAGAGGGUUGAAAAUGUCUGUAUCUCAGGAGUUGUGCAAUGAUUUAGUGUUAAAGAGGAGACUAUGACGUAUUUACCGUGUUGGAUAAUAGUAGAUGGCUCAUUGGAUAUAGGUAGUCUCCAUGUUUCCUGUGCACACACACACACACACACACACACACACACACACACACACACAGCAGGAGAUGUCAGCACCAAAAAGAAUUCUGUCAUUACUUGAUUAAUGAUAAGUUAACUAUUUCCUGUAGUGGAAAUAGGGAAAUGAUAUUAGUGUCAACGUGGGCUUCCUUACUGGUUAGUGGGAAAUGGUUCAUUGGCUGUAGCUUGACUGUGCAUUAUAUAGUUAUCUCUCCCAAACACUGUGUCCUUAUACAUGCUCUUCCUUUACCUCAUAUUGGAAAAGUCAUUUGAAACAUAAGAUGAACUUCACUUAUUGGAGAGCUAAGUAAUACACAAAAGGCUUUCAGCUAAUAUGAAAUUAAGUCCCAAAUACUUAUACUGUACAGCAUAAGUUAUCAAAAUAAUUAGUUGGAUAAGAAAUCUGAUUGAUUGGUAAACUAGUUUUAUUUCCCAUGUUCAUUGAAGAUGGCAACAUUAAAUAUUCAAAAGAUAACUCGGGUAUAAAUUUGUAUCUGUUUUGACUCGACCAACAGGUCUUCAACACUACUGACAAUAUUUUGACUUAUGAACCUAUAAUCAUCAUACCUCUCUCAAUUUUGUUUGGGAUGGAGCAAAAGGUGUAAAAAUCACAAUGGAAGUGGGAGAUGAUAGGGGAGUUGGGUGCAAGACAAAAACAGAAAGUAACAAGUCAGGUCUAUAAGAACAAAAGUGUAAAUACAGUACACACAUAUUUACUUGAUUUUUUCUCUCGUUAACAUGCAAAAUAUUUAAUAAUUAUUGAGUGUUUGUUGUACUCUCCAUCUUUUUUAAUACCUUUCAUGGCUAACAGUCAUAUAAGCUAUAAUAUUUCCAGUGCAAAACAUAAUUUGAGAAUUUCCAAAAAGGUGGAGGUGAGAUCAUGACACAUUUGGCAAUCAGAAGCAUCGCUGAUAGAUAGAGACUAUAGUUCUAGCUAGACAAGGAACUGCAGAAAAUUUUUACCUUUUGUUCCUAUGAGUGAAUGUCCCCUAUUGUGAUGGUGAAGCUGUAUGGCUCUUGUAUGAGGCAGAGCAUAUGUUUAUGAUUCAUUGUCGUUUGUGUCCUUCUCCUCCUCCUCUCUACCUCCUCUUUCUCUUUACCUCCUCUAUCUCCUUCUCUUUAUCCCCUAUUUACAUCCUCCUCCUCUCCCUACUUUUUUUUUUUUUUACAUUUCAUAAUAGACUGACUUGUUUAUGCCAUAGUCAGAGACAAAAUUCAGGCUUCCUAUUAUUUUUGCCUAAACCUCUUUAUUUGCAUGACAGUCUCAGGGUUGAUAUAGUAGAUGGUUAGGUCUGCCUUGAAACGUGUGAUGAUCACUGUCAGCAAAACCUGCCUACUAAGGCCGAGUACCCUGAAUGCUAUGCUGUAUAAGUGUCACGGUGAUGAGUUUUAGAGAGAACCAUCUUAGGGAAAACAUAAGUAUUUUAGACAAGUCAUUACUUUGCAACUCUUUGAGGAUGACCUACUUCGAAAGAAAUGAAUGAUUCUCAGUCAUCCUUCUCUGAUUAUUUAUGUGCUCUUUUGUAUCAUAUCCAGUACAGUAUUUUUGGUGGUAGCUCCUUAAAAGAUGAAUUUUACAUAAACCAUCUAUGUUUGGGUAAAUCAGUCUUGUUUUCACAUUUUGACUCUUGUACCUGUAGUCCUUUUGUGGAAGUUUAUGUCAAGAAACUUCCUUUACUUGUAGCUUCAUUUUGAAGUAAAUAUCCUGUACGUAGACCUUUUACCUGGACUGGUCAUUAUGUUCUCUGUAGACUUACAAUGUGCACUGAUAUCAAGUAUUUGAUAGUGGCAGUGCAUGAAUCGGAUUCCUAUUUUGUGUUAAUUAAAUUUUCUUAGUUCAAGGACUGUGAUGGUUUGAAUAGUUAAGUAAAUAUUUUUGUUUCUUAAUGGAGGCUCCAGUUUAUGUAAUGUACAUAAUACUGCAAUUAAUUCUGUUCCUCCCAGAUUACUCCAUUAACGAUCAAAUUUUUUAACUAGGAAUUAGUUGAGAAAGUUGGACCAGUACAUAAGUGUAGACACAAGGGAAGGCUGAAGUUAUUGUAAGGAUGUCAUUCGGCUCCUGUCAAGGGAGUGGAUGAGACGGAACCCAUGCUGUUGCUUGUUCAUUUUCAUUUGUGUAAUUUCAAUUUGAUAUGAAAAAUUGGUGCAGUACAAUGUGAAGCAUUUAUUUUCAUAAAUUCAUGUAAUUCCUUUUGUACUUAGCUGACUCAUAAGGAAGUGCAUGACACAUAAGUCUCCCCUGUGUCUUGUAUAAGUUGCCACUUGCUUGUAUAGUUUAGCAGAAAUGAAUCAUAAGUGCCAAGAGUGUCAGACUUACAUGAGCUCAUGUCCUCACUACAUGAGGCAGAAUUAAUAUUUUUCUUUUUUUCAAACAUCACUCAUUUUGGUCCUAUUUUGUGAAGUAUUUUGUUUCUUAUGUAGUCACAUGUACAAUGUACAUGAGAUAAGAUUUGAUUGAAGUUACUGUAGUCCAUUGGCUCUAAAAUAAAUUUGAUAUUAUAAGUACAAUAGACAUUUGUGCCUUAGGUGAAAAUUUGAUUAUGAAUGUCAUUGACACAAUCACUGUCAGUAUGUCAAAUACAUGGAUGCAAUCCCAUUGAUAUGUUAAAACUGUGUAGUAUGGUAGUCCCUUGUGUAGCGUGUGGAUGACGCUAGCACCCGCUAGAGAAUGCCAGAUCUCCCCAGAAUAUAUUAAUAAGACAAGUGAUAGUGUGUAUAUUAUUUAAGGUACUUUUUCUCUACUAUCAUGAUGAUGGGGACUUGCAGUACUAGGUAUUGUGAUCCAUAGUUCAGGUAGGUGGAAGGUGGACAGUGCCUGACAACAACAUGAAUGAGGCACAGGAGUGGAUUGGAACAGCCUUGUCAUACAUCCUUUUCUAUCUCUGUAAAAUGUAGAAUGUAAAUAAGAAUUUUUUGAGGUUACUUCAUUGGAUAGAACAAUGCUAAGAAUAAAUUGUAAUUAUAUUAUGCCCUUUGUAAUAUUUUGAAACUAUUUUUAUUUAUUUUUAAUACUAUAAUUAAUAUUUUAGCCAAACUUGAACCCUUCAAUAACUAUUCAUUUUAAGCAGUAAGUAGCAAGGAUUUUCUAAUGAUUUGAGAUGCAUUAGAAUAGGAUAAGACUUCUGUAUGCCAUCUGUUAUAACAAUAUUGUACUUGACUAUAUUUUUAUCAUGGCAGCUAAUAAUAGACAAUGGAGGCAAACCAGAUUAUUACACGUGCAGUAUACAAAAUGUAGAUGAUUAUCUUAAUUCUGUGGCAUAUGCUUAUCUAUCUUUUGACUUGUGAAUACAAUUCACACAGGAACAGCCGAUGUAAUUCAAGGUAACUUACAUCAUUUCAAAGUUGGGGUGGGGUAAGGGAACAGACAUCAGUUAACUUCUGUAAAGUAACGGAAUCUCUCGUGCAUGUGUCAUGAUAUGAACUAGAAAUAAUUAUUCAUAUUAAUACUUGUAACAUGUAUUGAAUGAGAUGCAUGGUGGACCUUGCAUAAAUACCUUCAUACUUUUUAUUUUAUUAUUAGUUGCCUUGCAAGAUCUCUCAAACUUAGUUCUCCCAUCUAACAUACCUUUUGUCUUCCACCUUACCCCGCAAUAUUGUAUACAGUACAUAUAUUUUUCUUGGUUGCUGCAUAAUCAAAAAGUUUUUGCGUAAUAGUUACUCUUGUGCUUGGUCGAGCACCUAUCUGUACAUCCAUUUUCAAGUAAUUAAUAUACCAUGUAAAAAAUAGGAAGCUUUGUGCAUAAUAUCUCCAUGCACGCCCGUCACUGCACAUUUCCACACAUUUGAUAGUUAAAAAUACAAAAGCACCAUUUAGGAAGACAUGCUGGGGAAUCCCCAUCAACACCCCCUUGUGUGAACCCCUACAGUGCAUGUUUGUUGUGGCCCCAUGGGUGGCUGAUCCAAUUCUAACCUUUAUCAAUAUUUAUGUGCUAUUGUAUUUCAUGCAUGCUCACUUUUUUCCAAGUUUUGACAACUUUCUCAUUUUUGGUGUCAAAUAGCCACAGGCUGCGACGCCAGAUUUUUACCCAAUCAAUCAAUCAAUUGACAGCUUUCUUGUUCAGGAUACAGUAUACUGAUUACAUCCCCAUUUUUCACUUUGUAGAAUGGGCUUUGAUCUUUCAUUAUUCUAAAGGUCAUUUGUAGGUAAGUACAACUUGUAUGGUCCAUGUCACUCUACCAGUCAAGACUCUAAGAUUGCCAAAAUUUUAUUGUACAAUUUUUUAUUUUCUCACUCUCAAAAGGCAUCCUUUUUUGCAGUUGUAGCUAAAAUGUGAUAAUGUACACUACCGUAUAUAUAUAUACAGUGACCCCUCGGUUAACGAACUCAUUCCGUUGUUUGGCCAUGGAAAAAUUUGAGACUGCAUGCAUUAUGGUGUUACAGUACCUAUAAUUCUGGGACCAGUUUCUGUUUUACAAAAUAUUUUGUGUGUUGCUGGAAAGUUUACCCCACCAAAUUAUUUUCUAUGCCUUAUUUUCUUUUUACUUUAACCUCCUAUUAUAUUUUUUAGAGUAACCAAAUAAAAGUUUAAGUUGGUAUUUUAUUACUUGAUUAUUUCUCAUUCUGGUCAUGCAUCCUCCAUGGCAAAACCUCUUCACCUACUGUAACAUCUGCUGUACUGUACAAUUAAGUAUGCAUUUAUGGGUGCUGCAACCCCUCUUCGUUCAAAUAUUAUUUAUGAAUUUUAAAUCUUCAAUAUUUAUUAAUUGCAUUUCUUGGGUAUUUAAAACUUCCAACCACUUACAAACUUUGUUACCGAUAAACAUCACAGAGAUUAUAUUCUAGUUGAAUAUUUGAUUUGUAUUAUUAUUUAUGUAGAAUGUUCUUUGCAUGUCCUCAUGUCUGUACUCCAUAUUGAUAAAUUGUCUAAAUCCCAUAAACCCAGUGAAUGGAUCUAAAUGUAGCUAAUAAAAAAAUUACUUAUUGACUGUCUCUCAGGCUGUUUCCAUUUGUAUUAGGUCUGGCAACUUAGCAUUUGCCAAUGAUAAAUACACUAACUCCUUAAAGAUAAACAGCUAAACAUCCCCCCUAGAUACCCUCUUUCUAGGUAACUGGUCAUUUCCAGUUCUAAUGUAACCUGUGAUCUGUGAGCCUGACACCAUAUUGUAAACAGACCUAUUUAAUGCAUUCUGUAUGUAACCCCAAACAUGUAUAACCAUUUUAUCAUUGACCCAUGAUCUCAAAUGAAUGUCAUAUCCUUUCUGUAAUUCCCGCCUGAUGGAAAAUUGACUACUGUACUUACAGACCUGUUAUCCUAAAUGGAAUUUAUAAUGUAUUGAGCCCCUAUCCAUUGAGGACUCACUUCCUCAUGGCGCCUUGCCCACUUAACUCCCAUGACCCCCCCAUGUAAUAUAGUCAAUCAAAACAAUACUGGAAUCUUCAGCAUUAGAUUAUAAACAAAUAGUAUAUUCUGUGAAUGAUUUAAUUUUUGCUGUACAGUAUUUUGUUUUUAUAGAAGGUGGUAUGGACACAAGUAUUAUUAAGAAUGUAUUUAAAUUUUUCCUUACUUUCUACUGUAAUGUUCAGUGUCACAUGAUCUGAAGAUAUUGUAGUGGGAUGAAAUAUCAAGACUGAGAUAGUAAUAACACUCAUUUUAAAGCUACUGUACUGCUAAAUUUCUAAAGAGGAUCGAAUGUGACCAGGAGAUGUGGUUACCAGACUCUUGUGUUACAUAACAUUGGAGUAGCAAAAACAGAUGCAGAUAUUAUUUAUCAGAUGCUUCAGGUGUUACUGAUAGGGUGUCCACAGUAACAAGUAUGACAGUAGACAGUGACUGACGUAUGUGGAGAAGAUUCUGCAUGUUAUUGGUUACCAGAUAUGAGUUUGUUAAAGUAACACAUUUUGACAGGAUAUGUUCCCUUACCCCCAAAAUCACCUCUGACUUACCUACGGGGAACCAAGUGUCUUAGCACGAGUCCCACCACUAAUAUAUCUAGUACGCUUGGUCUUAUAAUUAUGGGAAAUUUGGGCUAGGAGAUGAUUUAUGACAGCUUCUUAUUUAUUUACUUCAUAAUUAGUGGUUGGUUCACUAAUUUAAUUGAAUACUGUUGCUUAUUGCAUUCUAAUUUUAUAGUGUGUUUAAUCAUUUAAAUAAUGGAUGCUUUGCAAAUAGUUCUGUGUCUUCAGAAUCUGAAGACCUGUUAUUUUUAAUAAAAUCAAUAGCUUA